AUGGAGACGCUCGCAACGUUCGACACGGUCAGCACGGCGGACUGCGUCGAGGCUUGUCCCGUUGCUGGCUUCGAGUCUUCGCUGGUCGUGGCCACGUACCAGCUGCACAAGGCCGUCGAGAGUGGUGAAACGGGUGGUGACCGUCGCAGUGGUACGCUCCAGCGUUUCCAGUUGGACUGCAAUGGGGCAACCGGUAGCACCGAUCGGGUGGACGUGACGGUGUGCAAGGUCGAAGACGUUGCCACUUCGAGCGGCGUGUUCGAUAUCAAGUGGAACACACAGGCCAUGGACGGCAGGGCGAUGCUCGGCGUUGCUACAGCUGGCGGCUCGAUUGAGUUGUACGAGUUGACGCAGAGCGGGGACGAGCAGGCGCUGCGUCAUUCGGGACUAGCAACCGAUGGAGAUGCGGACUCGAUGUGCUUGUCGCUCGACUGGAACAACCGCGUACACCCGAGUGCUCAACCGUCCAUCUGUGCAAGCCACUCGAACGGUUACGUAUCGGUCUGGAACGUCGCGACACAAGACAUCGUCCAGCAAGCCAAGUGGCGCGCACACGACUUGUAUGGCUCACCCAUUGAAGCGUGGAUCGCAGCCUUUAAUUGCCACGACCCGAACCUGCUGCUAUCAGGCGCAGACGACGCGAUCUUGAAAGGAUGGGAUCUUCGUGCUGGAUCCGCAGCGCCGACGUUCAAGAAUACACUGCAGUACUCGAUGGGGGUGUGCAGCAUCCAGUUCCACCCGCACGAUCAAUGGUUGGUAGCUGUCGGCAGCUACGACGAACAAGUCGCGGUCUGGGACCAUCGCAACAUGACCCGUCCGCUCUCCGCGUUCGGUGCCGGCGGUGGCGUCUGGCGCCUCAAGUGGCACCCUGCUGCAAGUCGCAAGGAGCUACUGCUGGCCGCCUGCAUGCACAAUGGCUUUCAGGUGCUGGAGUUGGGGCCGAACAAGUCCUCGCUGCGCUUGGCAGCUAGCUACGACCGCCACGACUCGCUCGCGUAUGGCGUCGACUGGUGGCAGCAUCCGGCCGCGUUGUCAGCCAAAGCUCCAGUCAUCGGUUCCACCUCCUUCUACGACCAUGCUUUUCACGUGUGGCGUCAACCGUUGCAAGCAGGUAACUGA